AUGAAUUGGACCGAAGGCGCUCUCGCCCGCCAUUCUCGUCGAAAAGGUUGGGAUAAGGACGCUGCCCGACAAAAACAAUACUUUGCUAAAGCCAGAGCGAGAAAGAAUGCGCCGGCUACAAGCAAUGGCCUUGAUAUUUCAUCCUUCGUACCUGAUUAUAUUCCACAGCCAACUUCAUCUCAAGGUCGCCAGUCAAAUUCCUCGACCCCGCGCCGGAAGCAAAGAACACCAAGAGGAAAGCUCAUACAUAGACAAUCCGAGACAGAAAGCUCACACAAGAAAAGAAACGGAAGAGGGAGAGAGUCAAAUCUCGGAAAUCAGGGACCAGAAGUCGAGAGCUCUCUGACAAGUUCGCAAGACAAAGACAAGCAAGAGUUGGACAUAGCAUCCAAAAGACGCAGGCUAUUGGAGAAGGCUGAUUGGACCGGUGUCAUUACUCAAAAACCUGUAACGGUUGACUUCUCCCAACAAAGGGAUCGAUUCACAAAGCUGCUUGCGAAACCAACCUCCAGGAGUGGCCACCGAUCGAUGUACAGUCCUGGCCCGAAGGAUCAACUCAACAAGAGAACCUUAGGUCGACUUUCAGAGAACGAUAUUGAGAUAAAUAUUGGAAGUCAGAAUCUACGAUGGAGUAGGGAUAACAACUCAGUACGAAGCUAUGCCACACGACAAGAUUUUGUAUCCCGUCUCGAAAUCCCACAAUCCCAUGAUACUACGAGCCAGGCGUCUCUAUCCUCCUACCAGCAAUCUCGUAGUAUUCGUCAUCAUCGAGAGAGGCCACCAAGAUCCCACGACUUUCAUGUAUCUCAAACCCAUAACGAACGAAGUUAUCCACUCACGAGCCUUUCAACGGCAGCACAUUCCCCAGACCAGGAGGAAUGGUUAGCAAGAGAAACUGAUGAACCAAGAUACGUUGUACAAACUCAUGCGCCUAUCAUCCAUCAGCCACAGCCAAUUCGGCGACGACACCAGGUGAUUGAAACUAAGUCUCCUGACUUGGAUGAAGGUGCAAGUGUUGUAGCUAUUCUUGGUACUCCAAGACCUUCUGAUAGGCCCACAGCCGAAGACAUUCGAUGGAACAUGUGGUUGGCAUCAACUACCAAACCGAGACAACAGCAGUCAGUUCAGCUAAGUAGAGAGAAAGGGCCUCAAAGACCCACCAGCUCAAGUCUAAGCAACUAUAUGGACACCUUCAAUGACAAGUCGCAUAUAGGGAAUCUGAUAAGCAGCGAAAAUCAAGGACAGAACUCAUCACAUGCGUACGAAGAGCCACAACCAAGGUCUUCGGAAACGUACCCAUCUAGCAUACCUCCAUCUGAGAGCCAACACGAGCCAUUAGACGACGAACAAGAGCUACCUGAGCUUCAAGCAAGAGAGCCUUUUGCUGAUAUCCCACCAGCAACAAGUCCUCACGCUCUACCUAAAAGCUCGAGCUACGAAAGAAGUGAGAACAGUCUCAAAACUAGACGCGACCUGGUUCUCCCAAUGGGCUCCUUCAUGCCUGUGACUCCCAAUGUUCAAGACCUACUAGACCUCUUGGCUGCUAGCGAGGAACAGCAGGAGCCAAAUAUUGAGGAUCAAACACAACAAGAAACAACACCAAAUGCUGACGAAGACGAAAUUUGGAAGAAGUUCGUUCUUGAUAACGAUAGCGUUGAGACCAGCCGAAAGGCUCGAGAGGAGGCACAUGAACAAACAAAAUGCGCACUGGGUUUGAAGAAGCCAAAUGUGCCCCGGAUGUUUGAAGAAUCAUCUUUGUGUUCAGUCUCGAGCGCACCACCAAGCGAUAUCGCAGAACCCCCUUCAGCAUCCCGAGGAGAAACACCCACAACGGAAGGACGUAACUUUAUUUUGGCAGAUGACCAAAUUCAAGAUAUACCGGGCGUAGAGCUGGAAGCCCCGUCAUCGGAAACCGCCGCAAGGGUAGAUAUCGCGGACGCGACCGACUCUAUCAUUGCUCAACCCUCCUCGCCUCAACCGCUGCAUGCCGAGUUCAAGUUCCAUCAACCGCAACUCUUUGUUGGUCGAUUAGCUAGUGACGUCCCCUCCACUAAAUCGCUGGUUUACAUGGAUGCGCCACGGAGCAAGGGAAGACGGCAACGAUCUAGAAGGCGCAGGGAUAAGGGGCGGCCUGAUUUCCGCACCAUGCCAAACUACAAUGACGAUCCAAUCGAGGAGGAUUAA